AUGACAACAGAAAAUUACGGAUUUUUGUGUGAAAUAUCUCCGUUCUUUCGUCCUUAUGUCCAAAGUAUAUACCAUGAUUUGACACUGGGUCUUUGUAAAACAAAGGUGGACUUAGAAAGAGUUGGAGGCAGUUCCAAUGCUUUAGACAGCCAAUUUCGUCUAGUGUUACCUUAUUGUUCAAAAAAGUUGAAAUGGGAUGUUAUAUUUGACCCAUCAACACCUUGGUUUGCACCAGAUUUCAGAUUUGAUGAUGAAAGUUUUUUAAUUAAUGCUGAUGAAGAGUCUUUAGCAAGAGGUGUUCCGAGCCUUACUGAGUGGAAUUCAAAUGAUCCAAAGUCUCUUAGUGAUGUCAUUUCACAGCUAAUUAAUAUGUAUAAAAUUCACCAAAUCAAAAAAUUGCAUGAAGAUGAAAGCUCUCGUGCAUCUUUUGAAUAUAGUGCAUUAUUAGGAAAUGCACUCACUACAGAACAAGAUGUUGAAGUGUGGGUUGGAGGACACAUUGUUGAAUUUUUAAUCAAAUUAAAAGUUGAUACAUCAAGACUACCAGAAUUGUAUAAUGAUAGAGUCGAUCAAAAUCCAGGUAUUGACACCGCUCUUCUCCUUGUUAGAUACCCUAAUUCCACUAAUGCAGAAUUGAUCUUGUCACCCUUUCUUACGAAAGUUUUGGGUAACAUAACUUUACCCAUGAUGCAUCAAUCAGGAGUAUUAAUGGACUAUGUGCCAAUGGUAACAGAAAUAUUAAACAACAAGAUCCAUGAUCUCAUCAAUAAUGAUAAACUAAAACGUGAGUUGCUAGCUCAACUCAUAGUAAAAUAUGAAGGUGCCAUAUUAGAACAUGAUGCAAGCAGUGCAGCUUUAUUGUUUGAAAUGAAUGAUUUCCACUGGAUUCUUCAAAUUGAUAUAGGUAUUAAUUUUCCUGAAAAGCCUCCUGUACUGACUCUUCGAUCUGUUUAUCACUGCUCAAAAGGAAAACCCAAACACAAAAUACUUCCCAACUGUCCUUAUAAUAAUUUUGAAGGUUACAUAGAACAACAAGUAGAAAUUUUUAAAAAUGAAUGUAAAGGUGUUACUCAAAGCCACCAAGUUUUAAAUAUAGAA